AUGGAAGAGGAGAUAGAAACCCCUAGAGAUUUGAAGCCAUGUGGGCCUUUGGAGGAGUACCGCAUUCCAGAUUACGUCUUGAGACCAGAUGCCCAACAAGUACUUGUUGAUCAUGCUCCACAGUGUCCUGUAAUAGUGUUCAUCAAUUCUAAAUCUGGCGGUCAACUUGGAAGUAGUUUGAUCAAAACAUACCGUGAACUUCUGAGUGAAGCACAGGUUAUUGAUCUCUCAGAAGAGACUCCGGAUAAGGUUCUGCACCGUUUAUAUGUGAAUGUUGAAAGGCUCAAGAUUGAAGGUGACAUUCUUGCCGUUCAAAUUUGGAGGACUAUGAGAUUAAUUGUUGCAGGUGGCGAUGGUACAGCGAGUUGGUUGCUUGGGGUCGUCAGUGAUCUUAAGCUUUCCCACCCACCUCCAAUUGCCACCGUACCUCUGGGAACUGGAAACAACCUUCCAUUUUCAUUUGGAUGGGGAAAGAAGAAUCCUUCUACAGAUCAAGAGGCUGUAAAAAUAUUCCUUGGGCUUGUGAAGCAUGCAAAAGAGAUUAAAAUUGAUAGCUGGCAUCUAAUUUUGAGGAUGAAAGCUCCAAAAGAAGGUCCGUGUGAACCCAUUGCUCCCUUAGAGUUGCCUCAUUCACUUCAUGCGUUCCACCGUGUGUCAAGCGGUGACUCCCACGAUGUGGAAGGUUACCACACACUCCGCGGAGGAUUUUGGAAUUACUUUAGUAUGGGGAUGGAUGCAGAAAUAUCUUAUGCAUUUCAUUCCGAAAGGAAGAGAAAUCCAGAGAAAUUCAAAAAUCAGCUGACAAAUCAGGGACAAUAUGCUAAGCUCGGACUUAAGCAAGGAUGGUUUUGCGCUUCUCUAAGUCAUCCGUCUUCGAGGUAG